AUGAAACCCGUCCAAGCCCCAACCCAUAACUAUCGUCUUCUUUUCUUGACCUUCGUUCAUACCUUCUUUUUCUGCAGCCCAACACAUGCAGUACCAUCUGUCCAUGAGUCUCGCAACAACAACCCUUUAAACAUCAAUUGGGAUCCCGCCCCAGCACCCGAGGACGGUCCGCCCGCAUCUGCAAACGCUUUGAGAGAUCCUGCUUACCUGCCCUACCAAAUUGGUGCAAUCGUCGGUUCAUACGGCGUGUCAUUGGUGCUGGUCGCCGUUUUGUUGCUCAUACUCUCAAGAAGACGUCGCGAGGCCCUCUCCGCAGGUGACAACGAAGUCGACUUCGACGAACCUAAGUCGUCACCGAGACUUACAAUAGAGGUGCCGAAUUCGCCCAGAAGCAUUCCGCGAAGCCCCGUCCGCAACUUUUCAUACCCUUCUCCAGAGGACUACCAGACCCCCGAAUAUCCCUCUCCUCAGACGCCUUACGUGGCCCCAACGCCCACGUCAACGCUGCACGCACCAGGGACAGACUUUUCCGUGGAUCAGAGAGUCGUCGCAAAGGACAAGAAAAUGGCGCAGACGCAGCUUGAGGAGAUGUACAAGUACGUGAUGGAGCAGGAGGAGGCUAAAGCGCAAGGCAUCACGCUGCAGGGCUCGCCGGUACUUUCGAGCAAUGCGCAGUUCCCGCCGCCGAACAACGCCAACUUUGGCAAGCCGACGCUCAAGAAGGAAAGGCACAAGCCGGCCAACUUGAACCUGUCAGAAGACAAGCCGGAGAAGCAGUCGCGAGCCUCGUCCAUCUUUUCGGCUCUGCGUUCCCCCAAGAAGAACAAGCAUGUCAAGGGUAUCAGCAUAUCAUCGCCCAUCAUGACCCCCAUGACAGGAACUUUCCCAAGGCAGGAGUCGCAGGAGAUGAACGCUAUCCCACCGCGGCAAUAUGCGCCACCGCCGCCACCGCCGAUCCCCACAGACCAGAUUCCGUACGGGUUCAAUCAGCAAAACGGCCAGGUUUCUCCCAUCACCCCGGAUCACUCGCCGGAGAGCACGCAGAGUAUUGAUGAGCGGAUCGGAGGGCAGAUCCCUAUCGGCCACGUGCGGAAGCCUUCUGCAGCCCCAUCUGGCUACGCCGUCUCGGAAGUGGAUCCCAACUCGGCCACUACGGAAAGGUCAACGGCCCCGCUCAUCGGUCUCCCGCAGUCUCCCAAGCCCGGUGCCCGCUUCCCCACCUUGCCCGCCUCUCCCAAGCCCGGUGCUACAUUCCCCUCAUCACCUCAGCCGGGGGCCACAUUCCGAUCCAAGGCUCCCUCAGCCGUCCGCACUGGCGGUGCGCUACCCCUGCGUGCGUACGAGCCGGCCCUCAGCUCGCCAUCCAUGACAUCGCAGACCACCAAGCAAACCGUGUUUACGCGCACGGGACCGCUGUCGCCGUCGGGAGCGCGCACGCCGGCGACUGGCAUGGCAGUGCCGUACUCACCGUACCAGCCGUUCACGCCUUGCGUGCCGAUGACCCCAUCGCUGGUGACCAAGGCAGACCGCAAGAGGAUGAAGAGGCUGGAACCCAAGACACCGACUUUGGAGAUGGUCAAGAGUGACGACGACAUUUGGUGA